AUGGCACACGGUGUUUCAGCAGCCGGUUAUCGCGGGGUAGGGGAGGAAAUGAGGGGCAACAUCGAGGCAGGUAGGUACAGAUACUCCAGCAUUUUAUGGUCCAUAAAUCGUUCCCAAAAGGAGGGCAGAGAGGUAAACAACCUCUUCCCCCAACCACCUCCCCACCGCUUUGAUCUGGCACAAAAUUCCACUGGCAGAAAACAAAGCACGCUAACCCCAUCGACCCAUGGGAGAUGGAGCCCAACCCUGAAAGAAAUCCCUGGAACAACCACACAACACGUCAUCACCCCCCAAACGAGAUGCGAUUCAGCGGUGGUUCAGCGACCGGGCUCACCAGCCCAAUACAGUCUAGCGGGGACCCGUUCGUUCGUUCGCGUUCUCGAGGCUGAUGAGCAGGGGGGAGGGAAGGGGAAGAGACAAGAAAAACGUUCUAAGAAAGCGCCUGUUGGAAGAUCAGAGUGGUGGUUGGUUAUCGAAUGA